UCAUGGUGGGGAUGCUGGCUUCGCGGCGGUGAGAGAGCGAGCGCGAGCGAGCGCGAGCCAGGGGCGGAGGACGCCGGAAUUCGGAUCUUGCUGCUGUGUGGGCUCGGAUCGCUCUUUCCCCCCGCUAUCUCCCCCCUACAUUUGGUUCUUGGUUUGCACAUUUAAACCCCCCGACUCCGUCCUCUCCCCACCACUGGAAGUCUUCCCGGCUCUAAAUGGAAUUAGUGGAGAUCGGAGCCUCUGGUGUAACGCACAGACAUGAUCUAUGGACGCAGUUUGUUUCACAUUGUAGCAAGUUUAAUCAUCUUCCAUUUGUCUGGGGCAACCAAGAAAGGAACAGAAAAGCAAGCCACCUCGGAAACUCAGAAGUCAGUGCAGUGUGGAACUUGGACAAAACAUGCAGAGGGAGGUAUCUUUACCUCUCCCAACUACCCCAGCAAGUACCCUCCUGACAGAGAGUGCAUCUACAUCAUAGAAGCUGCCCCAAGACAGUGCAUUGAACUCUACUUUGAUGAAAAGUACUCUAUUGAACCGUCUUGGGAGUGCAAAUUUGAUCACAUUGAAGUUCGGGAUGGACCUUUUGGAUUUUCUCCAAUAAUUGGACGUUUUUGUGGACAACAAAAUCCACCUGUAAUAAAAUCCAGUGGAAGAUUUCUAUGGAUUAAAUUUUUUGCUGAUGGAGAGCUGGAAUCUAUGGGAUUUUCAGCUCGAUACAAUUUCACACCUGAUCCUGACUUUAAGGACCUUGGCGUUUUGAAACCAUUACCAGCUCCAUUUUUGUGUGUUUGUUUGGCAUUUCAUUAUUUAGCAUGUGAGUUUGAGACGGGCGGUCCUGAAGGAAUUGUGGAAUCUGUACAAAUUAUGAAAGAAGGCAAAGCUUCUGCUAGUGAGGCUGUGGAUUGCAAGUGGUACAUCCGGGCACCUCCACGAUCCAAGAUCUACUUACGCUUCUUGGACUAUGAGAUGCAGAAUUCAAACGAAUGCAAAAGGAACUUUGUGGCUGUGUAUGACGGCAGCAGCUCCGUGGGGGAUCUGAAGGCCAAGUUCUGCAGCACUGUGGCCAAUGACGUCAUGCUCCGCACGGGUCUUGGCGUCAUCCGCAUGUGGGCCGAUGAGGGCAGUCGGAACAGCCGAUUUCAGAUGCUCUUCACAUCCUUCCAAGAACCUCCCUGUGAAGGCAAUACAUUCUUCUGCCACAGUAACAUGUGUAUUAACAAUACACUGGUCUGCAAUGGACUCCAGAACUGUGUGUAUCCUUGGGACGAGAAUCACUGUAAAGAGAAGAGGAAAACCAGCCUGUUGGACCAGCUCACCAACACCAGCGGGACUGUCAUUGGCGUGACUUCCUGCAUUGUGAUCAUCCUUAUUAUCAUUUCUGUCAUUGUGCAGAUCAAACAGCCUCGUAAAAAAUAUGUCCAAAGGAAAUCAGACUUUGACCAGACAGUUUUCCAGGAGGUGUUUGAACCUCCUCAUUAUGAGUUAUGUACUCUAAGAGGGACAGCGGCUACAGCUGACUUUGCAGAUGUGGCAGAUGACUUUGAAAACUACCAUAAACUGCGGAGAUCCUCUUCCAAAUGCGUUCACGACCAUCACUGUGGGUCACAAGUGUCCAGUACGAAAGGCAGCCGCAGUAACCUCAGCACAAGAGAUGCUUCUGUCUUGACAGAGAUGCCCCCACAGCCCAUCAAGCCUCUCAUCCCACCCAUGAGCAGAAGAAACAUCCUCGUCAUGAAACACAACUACUCGCAAGAUGCUGCAGAUGCCUGUGACAUCGACGAGAUCGAGGAGGUGCCAACGACGAGUCACAGGCUGUCCCGCCAUGACAAAGCCGUCCAGCGGUUCUGCCUCAUUGGGUCUCUAAGCAAACAUGAAUCUGAAUACAACACAACUAGGGUCUAAAAAGAAAAUUCAAGCUAAGUCUUCAAAACACUUCAAGCCUAUCAACUAUUCUUGAAUUAGGUGAAUGCAUUUCCAUGCUCUAUAUUACCUUGAUAAAUUCGUGUAUUUGUAUGCGUUUUUCACUGGGAGAAAAUGUUUUAACUGUGUUUUAUUUUCAGAGAAGAACUAUUUAUACAAACAUGGGGACUGUGAAACGAAAAUUCUCUAGUGAAUUGUGAAAAGUGGACAUAUUUCUAAAUUCAUUCCACUGCCUUUAUCCAAACUUAAGAAUUUGAGACAUUUGUUAUUCCUUCGGCAAGACAUCCCCGCUGCACAAUGAUAUGUUCAUUUCAUAAUUUGGUUGCUGGUCACCAAGUGCUCCUUAGUUUUUAAAUACAUUUUGAGAUUUACUGGAAACUUGAAGAAGAAAUUAGUUCCUGAUUAAGACUAUCCCAAUUUUUCUUUUUACUGUUAGUUUCACUUGUUUCUAUGUUGUUUUAUGUCCUUGUUAUAUAAUUGUACGUGGUGUGACAUGUGAACAACACGAUUCUGGAUGAACUUUGUGUUACAUGUACAUUGUUUUCAUUAGAUAGACUGCUUGGGACUAGUGCGUCCCUGAGGGAUUUUGAACAUGCUACAGUUGAGAAGUGAAAAUAUGGACCGUGGAAGCACCAGCUAGAGGUUUUAUGGACUAUUAACAUCUAUUAUUGUAUUAUGAUUAAAUGCAGCCAAGAGUCAUGAGUAAAAAUACCAGAUUGCAAUAAGAAACAUCUGACUUUUUUUUUUUUUUUAGUCUUUCCCAAUUUCCUUUUUGUUUUAUAUCAAAGGAAGAUACUAAGUUUCAGAAAGAGGUUUUGAAAUCAGGUAAUUUACCAUUCCGACCCAUCAGUAGAAAUGUUUUUUGAUUAAGCACUUAGCAAUAUGACUGAAUUGACAGUUUGAGAAAAUACCCUGCAUGUCAGUACUGGAUAUUUGAGUUGGAAAAAUAUCCUUUUUAUUAGACACAUUGUAAAAAGCAUGCAUUCUCGGAUACUGCUGUUACGCUUCCAUUUCUUUGUGUCAUAUGCUUGCUACUUGUAACUUUUUAUAUAAAGAUAUAUAAAAAUGUAUAAUAAUUUCCUAACGAGUUAAGAAAAAUGUUUUCUUCUAUUAGAGUGAUAAAACAUUGACUUACAUAAGUGCACACUUUAUAUCAACUCUUUCUACCUGUUAGGCUCUAGGAUGUCUUUUAGUAUUGAGGCUUACUUCUCUAAAUUUGAUCUCUCAAAUUUUAUGACUAUGUUCUCCUUUUAGAAUAGGACAAUCUUUUUAAAUGCUUUAAAAUCACAGGCCCUUUUACGAACCAAAUUAUGCCAUUCUGAGUUGUUCUCCUACUCAGGCAGACAUAUAAUACCCGAAAGCUUACUAAUCAUGAUGUGUUUAAUAUAAAUAAAGCAAAAUCAUAUAAUAUAUUUAAUUGUUGUUGAGUCAUAUACACACUCUCUAAAGUUUGAUUUAAUAAAUGGGUACUUUUUAAAUAUUCAAUGUGUAUUCCUAGAAAAUUUUAAAAAUCAGAAUUACUGUAAAUCCGCUUACCAAUAUCUCCAAAACUGCUGAAUUCUAUGGAAGUCUGUCCUUCAAAUAGUGAAGUAGUCUGGUCUAUCACAGUUAAAACUUUGUGACUCAAGCAGGCUUUACAAACCUAUAGAUGAAUUACUUGCACCCAUCUCCAUUAGGAAUUCAAUUUCAUAUAUGCUACAGAAACAAAUAAAUGGGAAAGAAAAUAAAAUUUUAUGAUAGAAACAUUAAAGAAUUAUCAUAGCAAUUCUGAACAACCUGUAUUGAAAAAAAUGUCAAUAUACAUAAAUAAUCACUUCCAUGAAUGUGAUACACUGAUGUAUAGAAAAUAUAUUGAAUGUGAUAAAGAAAGAUUAUUUCUCUUGUUUUGCUACCUAUUUUGUACACAGUUUAUGUCACAAUCUAGCCUUUAGUAUUUGACUUGACUGAUUUAUUUAGUUGCAUGCCAACCCUUAUGCCCUUUAAUUCAAAUUUAAUGCACCCACAGAUUAAUUUUGAAGUGGUUAGCCAUAUUUUAUUUUCCCUAUUUAGAAAUCUUCAUAGGACCACUUACAAUUUGAAUGAAUAAUCUCAGAAAAGUACAAUAUUCAUGUCAAGACUUAUUUAUACAGCAAAAAAGGAAAAUAAAUUAAGUGAACCACUUGACUUUUCACUUGCCCUAUAGCUGUCCACAGGCAGUUCUCCCUAAAUAUGCAGAAGGCUCCUGAUCUGCUGGUUCAGUGCUUAAAGGAUAUUUGCACCAGAAAUCCACUCAUCAACAACCAAAAAUCCAACCACACUAAGUAAAAUGACAAAGAUGGAUGUCUUAUGCAUAUUUAGUACACAACAGCUCCAUGGGAAAACAAAAAUAUUUCAAGUGAAGACUAGACUAGGUCUUCUCAGUGGUCAUACAAAAAAAAAAAAAGAAAGAAAGAAAGAAAAGAAACUUAACAAUGGUCAUUGAUGAAUCAUAAGAGAAGGUAGUGAUGACAUGAAUCAUGAAUGCAGGGACCUGGGGCUCCCUUUUGGCCCUUGAUGUAACUCUAGAUGCUAGAUCUGGGAAACAGGGGAGUCCGUGAUGCCUGGGAAGUCCUUGGAGGAGGCUCUUUAAAAGCCAGGACUGACAAAUAUCCAUAUAUUAUAAAUUCCUAUUGACUGGCACACCAGAUCUUACACCUAAAUAUCAAACUUUGGUUUAGAUUCAAAUAGGGAGACACACUGUGGUUAAGGAAUGAGGUGUUUUAAGACAUUCAAGAUGUUUCAAGAUAUUUCAAAUCAAGUUAUUUUAAUAAAUAAUGAUAUUUUUUGAUAAAGUGAAUUCAAAUAUGACUUACACAAGUGCUUUAUUAAUUCCACAAGAUAUUCUAAAAGCAUAGUUACACACAUUAGUUAAUUUGAAAAUAGUUGUUUUCCUUUUAUUUCUUUAUUUUUGAAUUCACUUUCAAAAACUGGAAGACAUAUCAUGAGUCUAUGCAACACCUGUGAAACCCUGCUUUCAGCCUCUUCCAUUUGUCCAAGUGCAUUUCGAUUGCCUAAUUCAAGAUUGAUGUGCUGAUUUGGAAAUGCGAUUUUUUGUACCUGAUUUUAUAUACAUGCACUUUCUAUGAAUCAUAUUGCAAAAUAGAGAUAUGUGAUGUUGAUCUUCCAUAAUUCACUUUCAUUUGGUCAGAUAAUUAAAUGUGGCUAUAACUGUAACUGGAAAUGAGCGUCUUUGGACUUUUAAAGGAGAACAAUCCACUUUGUGGAAAUGUUGGCUUUUAUGUUUUGCAUAACUUUUUUCCACUAAAAAUAUUUCAAUCGGUCUGACUCUAUAAACUGUUAUUCCUAGUGUUUAAUAAAGUUAGGUCUUUGACAAAAACUGAAUGAUUAUUCACAUAAGCUGUUGCAUCAACGUCUUUGUUUUUUCCCUUAGGAAUUUGGUUUUUCCUCAAAUUUGGUAGCUUAAAAAAAAUCCCAUGAAUGGAUUUUCCUCAACCUCUGAAUAUCAUAAUAAAUGGCAAAAUAUGA